AUGAUUGCCAACAGGAUACAGUUUGACGCUGUCAAGCAUGAUAUCUUCCAUCCCAACCAACUUGGCAGCAUCUGCCAGAGGUCAACUGAGGAUGCUGGAUUGAUUCUGACUCAUCUUGUGCGAGCGGGGUGGGUUAAGGGUCUCCAGACUAGCGCGCUGGCUUUUGACAUCACGCAGUUCUUCCCUUCUAUCAACCAUGAGAUGUUCAUGGCUGUUCUUCGCAAGCAAGGGUUCUCGCCGGUUCUGGUGGAGUUCUUUGCCUCCUAUCUUGUUGGUCGUUCCACAGUCUACUGCUGGAACACCUUCCAAUCCGACUCGCGGUCUGCGGACGUGGCGGUGCUCGAUGGCAGCCCGCUCGCUAUCUACAAACACGUACACUACACGGCCUGGGUACUAAGUGAACUACUAAAAGACGUCCGCCCCCCCAACCACGAGCCUUAUGGCUCAAACGCCUAA